UAAUUAAUCACUUUCACAAGGACCACCAACUUUUAAUUUCCACAUGAGACGCGCAUUCCAAUCUUCACUAUAUAAGAACAAGCAACUUCGUGGGGGUCAUCCAUUCAAACCAAAUUAAGAGCCCCAGUUCUCACUCUCUUCAUCUUGCUCAAUGAUUCAGUCUCAGCAGCAAUGGAUGGUGAUUGCCAUAAUAUGUGCAUCUUUGGUGCAGAUUUUCAUGGCAGUGGAGUCUGUUCCCAUAGAUGAUAAAAUCACAAGUCUACCAGGUCAACCUCAAGUCAGUUUCCAACAAUUUUCUGGCUACAUCACCAUUGAUGAAAAGCAAGAGAGAGCUCUUUUUUACUACUUUGUUGAAGCUGAAGCACAGCCUGAUUCAAAGCCCCUUGUUCUUUGGUUAAAUGGAGGGCCCGGUUGUUCAUCAAUUGGUGCUGGAGCUUUUGUCGAGCAUGGACCCUUUAAACCGAGUGGAGACAAUUUAGUCAAGAAUGAGUAUAGCUGGAAUAAAGAAGCAAAUAUAUUGUAUCUGGAAUCACCAGCAGGAGUUGGAUUCUCCUACUCCGCUAAUAAGUCAUUUUACAAUUAUGUGAACGACGAGAUAGCAGCACGAGAUAGUCUUACAUUUCUGCAGCGCUGGUUUGGAAAUUUUCCAGAAUACCGAGACAGAGAUUUUUUUAUUACAGGAGAGAGCUACGCAGGUCACUACGUGCCACAACUUGCCUACCUCAUUAUUCAGUCCAAAGUGAAGUUCAAUUUAAAGGGAAUAGCUAUAGGGAAUCCUCUUUUGGAAUUCGCAGUUGAUUUCAACUCGCCGGAUCAGUAUUAUUGGUCUCAUGGUUUGAUAUCUGAUGGUGUUUAUGAACUUCUCACUAAAAGUUGCAAUAGUUCUCAGAUUAUGAGAGGUGCCAUAAGAGGAUUUCUUUCUUCUACCUGCACUUCUGUAUAUACUGAACUUGCAAAAGAACUUACUGACUUCAUUGACCGAUACAAUGUAAUUGGUGACGUUUGUCUAUCAUCUAUUCAAUCACAAAUGGACAUGCUUUAUCAGCCCCUCAGGUCUAGAUUUCAAUAUUUGACAUCUUUCAAUUCAGAAUCAGAUGCCCUCAGUCAGCAGGAAAGUAUAAAAGAGGUAGAUGUUUGUGCACAAGAAAACACACAAAAGUAUUUAAACAGAAAAGAUGUGCAGACGGCUCUCCAUGCCCAACUCGUUGGAAUCAAGGAAUGGAGUUUAUGCAGCAGAGUUCUAGAGUAUGAUGAUGAAAACCGAGAGAUACCUACAAUUGGUGUCGUGGGCUCACUUGUCAAGUCUGGCAUCCGAUCCUUGGUUUACAGUGGAGAUCAAGAUGGAAUAAUCCCAUUUACUGGGACUCGAACACUGGUAAAAGGAUUAGCAAAGGACUUGGGACUGAAUUCAACUGUGCCGUACAGAACAUGGUUUGAGGGAAAACAGGUUGGUGGAUGGACACAAGUAUAUGGUAACAAUCAGCUAUCCUUUGCUAGCAUAAGAGGAGCUUCACACACAGCUCCGGCCACACAACCAGCGAGGUCAUUACUUCUAUUUAAGGCAUUUCUUGAUGGGAAACCACUACCUGCAGAAGCAUGAUAUUACGUGCACAAGUUGCAGGGCAGGUGGGAUCUUUGAAGAUUGGUAGCUAUGGUGUUUCCUUGAUUUGUGCCAAGAUAGUUGGUAUUUGAAUGUUAUGUCAGUUGUAGUUUUUUAACGUUGAGUUAUUAUUUUGUUCUAGCUUUUAGGAGUUGGAGUCUGUUGUUAUUUAGUUCUACUUUUUAAGAGUUGGAGUUUAAGAGGAUCACGAUUGUGUUAGUGGUCCUGAUUUUAUGCUUUGGAACAUUACCAUCUACUUGUAUAAAUUCAGCAGUUAUUGGAAUAAAAGUUAUCAGAAAAUUUAUCAUCCAAA